AUGGCACUUCAAUUGACUCUAUCAUGUGAUUCGGAUAAAGUAGAAACUGGUCCAACACUUAUACAUUCAACUGGUGUUCAACAUUAUAAGAUUUCACCAGAAAUUAUUCGUAUUUUACAAGAUAGUCUAACAAAUGAUUUAUUAUCUGAUCAUGAACAAGGUGUUCUUUGUCAAGAAAAUCCUCAACGUAUUCUUGAUAUUCUUCGUCAAAAUGGAUAUACUCUACAAAAUCAAACAAAUGAAGAUGAUAAAACUUUAUGGGUAGUAUCACAAGGUGGUGGUAAUAAUAAUGAACAACCUGUUAAUCCACCAGAUUCAAAUACAAGACCAAAUGAUGGCAAUGAUGCAGAUGCUGAUGGUGAAGGUCAUGGUGGUGAUGAUGAAGCCGGAAAUAAAGAAGAAGAAGAAGAAGAAGGACAAGGUGAAGAAGGAAAUGAAGAACAAGAACAAGAAGAAUAA